GGAAUUCCUUCGCCAUUCCGCGUUCUCUACGAUGGUUGACCACGACGGUUGACCGUUAACACCGUCACGACGGUUGCCCCCGUAUUAAUCUUCCCUCCGCCCCCAUCGAAUCUUCGUUCCUCUCACCUCGAAGCUCCCCUUCUCUCCAUCCCAUCUCCAGCAAACCCAACUGUCACGCGCUCACCGCCUCGCCAUAAACUAUAUGUAGAUGCUAAUCCAUUGCUAUGAUCUCGAAUCCCAGCCUACAAAGUUCCAGAUAUUUUUUCAACCGGAUUCAUCUCACCACCGUUUGCUUCGCAAUGAUGCUUACAGUGGGCAAAGAAGCUAUACCCCGCGACCCGUCCUGCUUGUCGAACAAAGAUCCUCCAUCGAUCAUCGGCAAACUGCGAGUCAUGCUCUCGCCGAAGAAAUUGGAGAAGAAGCCAACGACGCUCCUACGAGUUCCUACCGGCAGCAGCCUCUCGAGGCUGUCGAUAUCCUCGGGUAGUAGAGGCGGGCGGGAGAUGGAGCGAGUGUUCCGCUACUUCGACGAGAACGGCGACGGGAAGAUAUCGCCUGCGGAGCUGCGUAGCCGGAUGAGGACGGCCGGGGAGGAGCUGUCCCCUGAGGAGGCGGAGGCCGUGGUGGCGUCGUCGGACUCGGACGGAGAUGGGUUGCUUUGUUACGAGGAUUUCGUGCGGCUGGUGGAUGUGGAGGGGGAGGAGGAGAAGGCGCGGAGUUUGACGGAGGCGUUCGGGGUGUACGAGAUGGAGGGGCGAGGGUGCAUCACGGCCAAGAGCCUCAAACGGGCGCUUCGGACGCUGGGGGAAUCCAGGACCACCAAGGAGUGCAUGGCCAUGAUUCGGAGAUUCGAUCUCAAUGGGGAUGGUGUACUUAGCUUCGACGAAUUCAGGGUCAUGAUGCUCUGAGAUUCGUGCUCGUUUAGUGAUUCUUUCCUACCGAUCAUUGAUCCCGUGAUAUGGUUGGAGUCCCCAAUUCUUUCACUUGUCCUCCUUGUAUGUUUAGAAUGUUUUGUCCGUUGAUUUUAUAUUCUUACAUCGAGUGAUGCACCAGUCCUGAUGGUGGAAUGUAUAAUCAUAUGUAUGUAAAAAGGAUAAAUAGUUUGAGAAAUUUGGUAAGAACAAUAUUCUAGUCUCCAUCUUUUUUUGAAAACAAAAAAAAAACUCUAGCAUCAUUGCUCAUACUUGAGAAUUGUAAUAGACUUUUCUUUUUCGAGAGAAUAAUUGGGCAAAACACUAA